UGAAAUCUACAGUGAACCGGUACCCCGAGCCGGGCAGAGAAAGAAAGGAUUGAAAAGUUCGUUGCAGUUAGUAGAAAGUCGAAGGAGCAGCCUUUAGAUCCUCCGUAUCAAGCGGCCCAAACCCUAAUAUCUCUCUCCCUCUCUCAGGUUCACCACCCGAGGAUGACGGAGCUUAACUUCAGUUUCAUCCACACUCUCGAGCCCAGGAGGGAUGCUUACGGGUUUGCUCUGAGACCUCAACACGCCCAAAGAUAUAUAGAGUACGCUAAUAUCUACAAGGAGGAGGAAGGUGAAAGAUCGGAUAAAUGGAAAGACUUCCUUGAACAGCUAGCACAAUCUCCUCAACCGUGCUCUUCUGAGGAGGAACGUAAAGAAACAUUACAGGCUGAUGCUACUGAGUGCCAAGCAGAGACCAUUUCUGAGGGGAUCAACGAAGUUGAUGCUUCAAGUGGCAGGAAUUCUAUCUCUGAUGGUUCGAAAGAAAGUGAUCCCAAAGAAGGGGCGCCUCUUUCAAAAGAAACAAAAACCCAUAAGGUCCAAACCUGGACUCAAAUAAAACCAUCCCUUGGCGCCAUCGAACAUAUGAUGACUUUCCGAGUACGGAAGAGGAAGAAUAUGAUAGAUGAGCGAGAAAAUUUAAGUGGGGACAAUCUUCCGCCUAUAGAAGAGACAGAACCCUCAGGAGGGGCUUCUGAAGAGGAAUUGGAGGGUGUUAAUAAGACAUUGGAUGAUAAUGUGAAUGCUGUGUCGUUAGAAAAUGCAGCAUUUGAUGAGGUCUCUCCCAAACAGUUAUUUCCUUGGAUGGAAGAAUUAGAGUCCCUUGUCCGUGGGGGAGUACCAAAGGAUCUCAGGGGAGAGGUUUGGCAAGCCUUUGUAGGUGUGAAGGUACGACGGGUGGAGAGAUAUUACCAGGAUUUGUUGGACCAGGAAGGAAUUGAUGGUGAAAUCAAAGAUCAUGAUGAGUCAUCUGGUGUACCCAAGAAAUGGAAAAGGCAGAUUGAGAAGGACAUACCACGGACAUUCCCAGGACAUCCUGCUUUGGAUGAAAAUGGUAGGGAUUCCUUGAGGCGUGUGCUUCUAGCAUAUGCUCGACAUAACCCCUCUGUUGGGUACUGUCAGGCGAUGAAUUUCUUUGCUGGUUUACUUUUACUUUUGAUGCCUGAAGAAAAUGCCUUUUGGACUUUGGUAGGCAUUCUUGAUGAUUAUUUUAAUGGCUACUAUACAGAGGAAAUGAUUGAAUCUCAGGUGGAUCAACUUGUUUUUGAGGACCUGAUGCGUGAAAGAUUUCCUAAAUUGGUUAAUCAUCUGGAUUACUUGGGAGUGCAGGUAGCAUGGAUAUCUGGACCCUGGUUCUUAUCCAUUUUUGUCAAUAUGCUUCCUUGGGAAAGUGUUUUUCGGGUUUGGGAUGUGCUUCUUUUCGAAGGAAAUCGUGUUAUGCUGUUUCAAACAGCACUUGCUUUAAUGGAGUUAUAUGGUCCUGCAUUAGUCACGACUAAAGAUGCUGGAGAUGCAAUUACUUUGUUGCAAUCCCUUGCUGGUUCAACAUUUGAUAGCAGUCAGCUUGUGUUGACUGCUUGCAUGGGUUAUGUGGCUGUGACUGAGGUUAGAUUGCAAGAACUGAGACAAAAACAUCGACCAGCUGUACUAGCAAUCGUGGAGGAAAGAUCAAAAGGGGGUCGAAUUUCAAAGGACUCCAAAGGGCUUGCAUCUAAGCUGUAUAGUUUUAAGCAUGAUCCUGGAUCACUUGUAGAAGAAAAGAAAUCCAGUGAAGGCAGUGAUAAUCUGGAAGAUGCAGAUAAAUCUCAUUUAGGGUCACGUUCCUCUAAUUUGGAUGAGUUGCUUAAUAGCCUAAGUGGUGAUUCAGAUGUAGAUUCUCUACCAGAUCUUCAAGAACAGGUGGUUUGGUUGAAGGUUGAAUUAUGCAGGUUGCUGGAGGAGAAAAGAGCAGCUGUACUCAGGGCUGAGGAGCUGGAAACAGCACUUAUGGAGAUGGUCAAACAAGAUAAUCGGCGGCAAUUGAGUGCAAGGGUUGAGCAUUUGGAGGGAGAGAUAGCGGAGCUAAAGCAAGCCCUUUCUGAAAAAAGAGAACAAGAAGCUGCAAUGCUUCAGGUCUUGAUGCGAGUAGAGCAAGAACAAAGGGUUACUGAAGAUGCUCGACUAAGUGCGGAGCAAGAUGCAGCUGCUCAGAGAUAUGCUGUACAUGUUCUUCAGGAAAAAUAUGAGAAGGCAAUGGCUUCUCUCGCUGAGACGGAGAAGAGGGUGGUUAUUGCAGAAUCAAUGCUGGAGGCUACCUUGCAAUAUGAAUCCGGCCAAUCUAAAGCACAAUCUUCUCCAGGGGCUGUGCGUAACCAAGACACCCCCACAAGAAAGGUUGGUUUACUGUCGUUUGGACUUGGUUGGCGUGACAGAAACAAGGGUAAACCAUCUAAUGCUCAGGAGUCUAGUGAAAGUAAAUCCAUGAAUGAGGGGACAGGCUCAAACUCUUCAGGGAAAGAAAACAAAAACGAGGAGCAGGAAACUUAGUGGGGAAAUGAUGUAGACUUGGUGCAAAUGCUCUCUUCUACUUGUCUCGUGCUACCCAGGUACUCUUGCUUCACGAUGGUUCUGUAAAAUCAGUACUUAUAAAAUAUUAUGUAUUACACCCGCAUUCCCCCAUCUCAUCCUACUGUGUUAGAUAUGUUUUUAUAUUGUUUUGAAUAUAAUUGAUAUGAGGAUUGAUGUACAGUGAUCCAUCAACGCAGUGGGAUAAGAAUGGGAUGGGGUUGUAGUAUAUAACAUAAGUUGGUUAUUGUAUCAUGCUUAUGGUGGCGGCUGGGUGAGGGAGCCAUAUGUCUGUACCAUUGUCCAGUUAAACAAUACAUUGGUUCAUUUAUUUUUC